AUGACUGAAAAGCUUGUGAAGAUUUGCGGGAUACGAAGACCCCAGGAUGCUACUGCUGCCAUAAAUUCUGGCGCUGAUAUACUCGGAGUUAUUAUGGUGCCUAAUAGACAAAGAACUAUCGCACAUGAAGACGCCCUUGAGAUCUCCAAAGCUGUUCAUGCUGCGAGAGAUGAAAAACAUAGAAAGUUUAAAAAUGCUAAAGAGCUCAAUAGUCAUAUAGCUAGUCAAUCAUUUGCAUCCCACGAAGAGUACCUUCUAUCUUAUCAUGACUUAAUCCUUCAAAAUGGACCCUUCUUGACCGGUGUCUUCAGAAACCAAGACCCUAAGACAGUGUUCGAACUUGCAGAGCAACUCAACCUUGAUAUAAUCCAAUUACAUGGCAGUGAAGACCCUGCUGAGUUUAUGGCUCUUAACACUGACAACAAGUUUUGCAUAGUUAAACGCUUUGUGUUGCCAGAACAAACAGAGUAUAUGACUAACUUCUUGAAGACUUUGCAUACAACCGACAACAAAGGCUUUGCCUUGCCCCUUUUAGAUUCAGAGCUUGGUGGUGAAGGAAAGACUAUCGACUUGUCUCUUAUCAAUGAUUUGCAGGGCUCUUUUAUCUUAGCUGGUGGUCUCACACCAGACAACCUCAAAAACACGAAAGACUUUAUUAAUAAUGUCGUUGGUUUUGACGUUAGCGGCGGUGUCGAAGAUGACAGUGGUUUCAAAGACCAUAACAAGAUCAGCCAGUUUGUGGCAGAGGGUAAAAAAUUAAGCAUUUAG